UUCACCAUGCAUCCAUAGUGUUCGACUGUUCAUUGCAGUCACAGUUUCAUAACUUGAGAGAGUUAGCUUUGUCUUGUUAAAUUCGAGUCUAGUUUCGCUUUGCCGAUUAACACAUAAGAGACGGAAUCAAGAUCGAUCACAGAGAGAGAGAUGGAAGGAGGGAUGGUGACACCAGGGUUUAGGUUCUACCCAACAGAAGAAGAGUUGAUAACGUUCUAUUUGAAGCAUACGAUUGAAGGGACUCCAAGAUUGCUACAAGCUAUCAACCGAGUCAUACCCCAUCUUCAUGUUUAUGAUUUCUAUCCAUGGGAUCUCCCUCAAUAUGCAGGAGAGCUAUGUAAAGGAGAUCCGGAGCAAUGGUUCUUUUUCAUUCCUAGACAAGAGAAAGAAACAAGAGGAGGGCGGACAUCCCGUCUUACGAAAUCUGGCUACUGGAAGGCCACUGGAUCUCCAAGUGUCGUCUACUCUUCUGGUAAUCGACGUAUUGCAAUCAAGAGAACCAUGGUUUUCUAUAACGGUAGAGCUCCCACCGGAAAGAAAACCAAAUGGAAAAUGAACGAAUACAAGGCUUUUCAAGAAGAAGUCUCCUCAACAACUAAACCUAAAAUCAAGUUGAUGCAAGAAUUAAGCAUAUGCCGAGUGUAUAUAAAAUCAAAUUGUUUGAGGGCAUUUGACAGAAGACCAUCAGGAGUCGUGGUUACGGAGCCAAGACCAAUUCAGCAAAGCUUACACAACAACGAUCAUCAUGCAACCACAUUAACUUAUAGCAACCAUCGAGCGGCAAUAGAGAGGACAAUAUGUUCAUCUGAUAAUAACUACAACUCGUCACAAGAUCAUACGAGUAGCUCUGGCCUUAUGAGGGAGUUUGAUGAUCAACCUUUGUGGGAUUGGGAAGAACAUUAUUAUAGUUUGUUAUAAGUUCUUGCA